AUAAUUUCAAACUUUCAAACAAGUUAAUUUUCUCUAUGCUUUCAAACAAAUCUGUAAAAAUAUCCUGAAAUCAUCCUCAAAUAGUAAAAGGAUGAGGUAAUAUAUACACGUUAACAGGUGAAUUCCAUUUAAAAAGCUGUAGGCGAGAUCGAGCGAUAAACGCAAUAGGUCACGCGAGAUCUUGAUGCAGCGCGGCGAGUGUCCAGUGUCGGCGGCGGCGGUGGGUGGUGCGGGGGGUGCGGGGGGCACGGGGCGGCGGCGGGGCGCGGUGGACAAGGUCGCCAGCUGUCGGCGUGUGGGCUCGCGCGGCGCCGCACGCCCCAUGCUGCCCGGCCCGCUGGCCCCGCUGGACACACAGGCCGCGCGCGCGCUCGCCUCCGUCUACGCGCCGCACCGCCGCGCCCGAGCGCCCCGAGGCAGAGACAUGCUGCACGCAGACAUACCUACCAAGCCCGGCCUCUCGCCCUUCGACCCACUGCCCGCCAUCGGACAGACCCGGCCGGAGAAAACUAAAGUGAUCGUCUUCAACCUGAACAAUGCAGACAAUGUCAGGCCGGCGACGAUGGAGAGUAGGCCGAUCAAGCUGCGCGAGCUGAAGACACUGACGCCGCUGAAGGCGCGGGUGCCGCCGCGGCGCAGCCACACGGUGCCGGCGGAGGAGCGGCGGCCCUCGCAGCUGCUGCGGGAGAACACGUACGACGUGCUGGAGCCGGUGUUCGCGUCGCCGGUGCGCGGGCCCCGGCGGGGGUCGGCGGCGGGGGACGUGGGGGACGCGGCGGACCCGGUGUCCCCGCGCAGCAGGUUCCAGGCGGCGGCGCGGCGCGUGGCGCGGCUCUCGCGGCCGGCGCGGCUGCUGUGCCUGCGGGAGCGCGACGCUCCCCGCCCCCCGCCCGCCCCCGGCGGCCCCCCGAGCCCCUGCCGGCUGCAGCUCCUGCCCGACAGCCCCACGGAGAAGCUCAACAAGCUCUCCGAGAUAUUUCAGUGCCUUGAUGUGAAAAACCGACAUCGAGAUAGAAUGAAAAAGGAAAACAGUUGGUUCUAGUUUAGAAAAUAAGGAGCGAGCGGUUUUAUUAAAGUGGAAGUGUAUGUUUUAUAAAGUUUCUAAACGAAGCUGUUCUAAGAGGUAAAGUGUUUGUGAUAAAAAGAUUUUAUUUAUUUUUGUUGACAAUGUUGAUAAUGGUGUACCUUUUAUGAAGAUAUAUUCACAUUGCUCAAAGUUUCACGUGUUAUGUCCAACGUUUAAAUGUUUUAAUAAAGUGUGCCCAAAUAUUUUUGUAA